UUCGCGGACACAAACGUGAAACUUCAUAGAGUCUACGCAGCACUUAUCCUUUUUCGUUGAUGGUUGGUAGAGAUAUUGAAUUGUGUGAUUUUCUGUUUGUCAACUUGAGCCUGAAUACCUGGUCCUUUUCUGGAGGCAGGAGCAAUAUAACUGCUACAAGCGAAGCAGCAACGUCUAUGGGUCAACGAACUUGAUGGUCGAUUUACCGGAAAUAGCACAAGAGGGUUCAUUGUAGACAUUGUACUGUACUGUAGUUGUGCACACUGAGCGCUGGCUGCGCGGCGCAUUGGUCAACAAUUUCAAUAAUCGUUUACGCACAUACAGUGUCGCCUUUAGGCUAGCAGCUGCAUCUCCACGGCUCUAGAACGACCUGGUGCACUGCAGUGAUCGCUUGUCCGCGGCGAUGAGCACUGCGAGAAGCGAGUACCAGCGGCUAUGCGCCGAGCAGAAUGUCAAGCCGCUCAAAGCUGUUCUCCAACAACUUCCUCCAGCUGAGAGAGGAGAAGAACACAUGCAGCAACUCAAGGUUGACCUCUCAGGUAUCAAUCUAUCAUUCAAGGCAUGUAGUAUACUAGGGAAGCUGCUACAGCACGAUCACUCCAUUCUCUCACUGCAACUCGCUGAUUGCUAUAUCACGGAGGAAGGAUGCCAAGCACUGUGUAGCAAUCUCAGCAAUAACACCACACUAUUGGCACUCAAUCUGAAAGGUAACAACUUGCGACGGAAAGCAGCAUCCAGUCUGUCUACAAUGCUGAAGCGAAACAAGUCCAUCAAGUGUUUGUCUCUGGAGUGGAAUUCUCUGGGCACAGACGAAGAUGCAUUCACCCUGUUGAUGGAGGGCCUAGCAAUCAACAGCAGCGUACUGGAGCUGGACCUGCGUAACAACCACAUCACACACAUGGGUGCACGACAGCUUGCUGCCUCGCUCAUGCAGAACAAAACGGUGCAGGAAAUCGAUCUAAGCUGGAAUAACUGUGGACUGGUGGGCGGCCGGGCACUCUUGGAUUGCUUAGAACACAACAGGACUAUGGUGUCCUUGGAGCUGACUGGAAACUCGGUUGCCGAAGACGUCAUGUCUGCUGUCAGUCUUGCUCUGCAACGCAAUGUGGACCGACACCAGCUGGAGAGCACGUACUCGAGCCGGACCCAGCAGCUGACCGAGGCUUUGGACCAUGAAGUGGGAACCAAGAAAAAGGAGAUUUCAGAGAUGAUUGACAAACUGGAAUGGCAGAAGGCCGCCUUUGACGCAGCCCUCGAAACAUCACAGCAGCGUAUCGGUGAUUUGCAGCGGGAGCUGAUGCUGAGCAGAGAGGAGAUAUCCCAGUUGAAUGCUCGGUAUCUUUCCACAUCUACCUCCCUUCAAGUAUCUGAAGACAAGAAUCAUCAGUCACUAGCAAUGAUCGAGCAACUCCGCAGGGAAACUGCUGAAAUGCAUCAGGCUCACCAAGCGGACAUCAAGUCUGAGAAAGAGAGGUUUACAGUGCUGCGCGCUGAGGCAGCGGCAGCAGCUCAAAAAGCAACAAAUGUGGCGGAUGCUCUAUCCGCAAAGGUAAAGGAGUUGGAAUUGUCCAGCAGGCAGCUGGUUGGAAAUAUUGAAAGUCUUGAACAAGACAACAAGCAGCUUCGUCUGCACGUGCAGAAAGUGGAGACAUCAUUCCAGAGCCAGCGUCUGACUGAUGAGAAACGUCAUGCAGCGGUGCUGCAGGAUCAGCAAGCACAGGCGCAGGAAGAGCUGAACCGCGCACGUCAUCAGGCCAACGGACGCGAGCACGCACUUCAGGAGCAACUGCGACAGUCAGAGAUCAAGAUCACACAACUAGAGCAGGAGCUGUCACGCCAGAAGUCAUCAAACCUGUCAUCACGUGAGGUACUGCUGGCCGAUCACAAGGCUCAAUUGGAGCAAGUCAAGAAUGAACAUAAAAUGAACAUCCAUCAUCUGGAGGAAAGGGUGCAGCAACUUCAAAUGGAGCUAGAUGCCAAGCAGAGUAGCAUCAUACAAACCUCAUCUACAGCCAACCAGUUGCAGUCCAAGCUAACAGCUCUCACACAGGAAUCACUGGCAGAACAACAGAGUGCACAGCAGCAUGCCAAGAAAUUGGAGAAGUUGGCGGAUGAACAAAGCCAACAAGCGGAAAGUGUGCGGCGUGCAAAGCGAGAUGCCCAGCGGAGACUUGAAGAGGCACUGGAGCGCUGUCAGCAACUCGAACAAGAUGUUCUCAAGCAGCGGGCGAAAACAUCUGAUCUCGAGACGCAGCACAUGGCCAAACUGUCUUCCAAGGACCGUGAGGUGAGCACCCUGUCCGAGCGGGUGGACGGCCUGCAGCGACAGCUGCAGCACCAGCGUGAUGCUGAACUGAAGCGCGCUGGCCAGCUGGAGUCUGCUCUCUCGGCAUUUGUGUCCAGCACUAAGUCUGCCAAUGCUUGAGUUUGCCUUUGCGAGCUGCUCCACCUGUAACUUAUGACUGUCACCCCCAGUUCAUACACUUCCAUCCAAAAUCAUACUGCAGAAUAUUCUUUGUAUCAAUUACGGCUGAGUAAAUUUACGAAUGGGCACCCUUGAGUAGAAAUGGCUGUGCCCUCUGUCAUUUGAUUAGCUGAGCAGCGUAUUGUCUUAUUCUCCUAUUUUUCAUCAAAGAGAGGCCUGAACUGGAACUGGUAUACAUUUCACGUUACAGUUUGUGGAUGUGUCACAUGUACCAGAGAAAGGCGUGUGUUGUCUCCCUCUCUGAUCAGUGAAACGACGCAGCUGGGAAAGAAGAUUGAUCAUGA